ACUAAACACGAGUGCGCACACCGAGCUCUUUCUCUCUCGAUCAUAGAAGCUCAACGAGACUCUUUCGUACACACUUUAUCGUUAGUUACAACGAAACCAUCGACAGAACGCGAAACUACGAAACACCGUACUCACUCAUUCUUCGUAUUUGUAUUUGUUUUUAUUUCUGUAACAAUCUAUCAAGCCAAUUAACCUAAAAAUAAAAAUAUCUCUCGCGAAAGGAUCGUUCGGAGGCAGUAUUUUUCCCUGGGGCGUACACCGAUCAGCGGCGAGUGCUUCGUCAAAAAAAUCUUAAAAAAUUGUGUCGUCGGGUUUUCGUCACGAUGAAUCGUUGUAAAUGAGAUCGAUGGACUUUCCACUGAAUGUUUUCGAGCAGCAAUAACUUCUGAACAAGUAACAAGUGCACCGAUCUGGAAAUCCGAGCAAGUGGGCUGCGACAGAAAAAGCUGAAACUCCUGGCGGCUCUUGAUCGUUACGAGAGACAUCUUUCGUAAAAAUAUGAAGCGGCGAAGAAGCUCGGAGGAUAAACAAAAGACGAAGUAUCGGCAUCGUGAUUACGGGGUCCUGGGCGAGUACACCGAGAGCGAAGAGGAAGCGCAAAUUUUAGUGCUCGAGGGAGAAAAUUUGGAGGGCGUUGUCGGGGACAACGUAGAGGGAGAGGUCGUCAGGAUAAAAACAGAGAACAUAAUUGAGCACGAAGUCGUUCUGGGGCAUCAGCGUCAUCAGCAGCACCAGCAAAACCCCACGAUCGGGUAUGCAAGCAGCCUCGACGAAGGCGGGGAUGGCGUGGGCGUUCUGGAGGCGGGUCGACCGGAAAUGAAAAAUGGCGUCCUCGUCGAAAGCAACGUCGAGCAGAGCGUCGAUCUUAAUGUUCCUCCCGACCCCGAGGACGAUUCAAACUCAACUUACACGCUUCAUCAGCUUGGCUAUGCGACCCAUCACAUCAUGCAUGACAGAGACUACAUGCCUGGAGAAUCUCCCCGUUACGAGGGUGGCCCCGUCGAGUUAAGGGAGGAACAAGAGCAACAGGUCACGAGCGAUCAGCACCCCCUCCACGAGGCACACCAUCAGCGCGUCAAUCAGCAGCACGAGCACCAGCACCAGCACCAUCACCAACAAGAACAGCAGUACGGUCAACUCGGGGCGGGAGAGAUGCCGAUUCCCGAGGGAGGGGAUAGCCACCACCGUCUCGACGAGGCUACGCUUCCCUCCGAGGGAAAUCAAGUCAGCAGUCACAUGCCUCACUCCACGAUGCUACGGUACAGUACCGAGACGCUCUCGUCGCCGACGGAUCAUCACAGUCACCAUCACCAUCAUCAGCAACAAUCUCAACAACAACAACAACAACAACAACAACAACAUCACUUGUCCAACAGCCAGCACAGUUCGCUCGCAGUUCAAAGGCAUUUGGAGGAGGCCCAGCAGGCCCAACAUCACCAGGAAGCAUCGGAACGUGUCAGUGGAAUAGUGGCAGCGAUGAGAUCCGCUCGGAGUGACUUUACCCUCGGGCAAUUUCUGCCUCAUCUCGCAAGUGCGACGUCGAGCAGCCAGUCCCCGAUCGACGUCACUGUCAACUCUCAUCACCACCAGCACCAUCAGCAGCAGUCGCAUUCCCAUCAGCAUCAACUGGACGACGUUCUAACCGAGGAUCCUUAUCUCCAGCAUCAGAUGAGAACUCCCAGCGCCGGAACCGGAGCUACCAGUGUUGCUAGUGGUGUCGGUGACAACGGUGGUGUUUCCCCGCCUCUGAGAACCGGGAGCUCGCCGGGCUCGAGCAGGAGCCCUCACGACGAGCACUCCCGGAAUCUAUCCUCCCCGAGCCAUCGGCACUCUGCGCACAACGACGACGACUACAGCCCCAACGAGCAGGGACGACUGCAGCAGUCUUUCACCAAUCUCACCUCGCUCCAGCCACCCAAUUCGGUACAAACUCCUCACAGCCUUCAGGACAACGAGAGAGUCAACGAGCAACUUUAUAUGGAAUCGAUUUACGCGCAUCACUCCUCCGCUGGCACGCCUCAUCACCAUCACCAGGAACACGAACAGCCGUCCUCUUCUCCACACUCACCCAGUGGCGCUUUGACCAGCUCAUCUUUGUACAGAUCGAUAAGCGGCGUUCCCGGGAUGAGCGGAGCUGCUCCGAGUGGACCGUACGGGUUGUCCUACAUGACCGGAAGUCCGAACGAGCUGACGACUUCGACUCAACAGCUCUGGACUUCGCAAGGCUUGGGUGGCGCACUUCCGCCCCUCACCGAGGAUUACGGCAACACGAAAUCACUCCCGAACGUCAGUCAAGCCUUCUCCCAAUCUUUUGGCAGGACCACGAGCUUCCGGAACUACAGUCCACCGUACUCGUCUCAACAGUCCGGAGCCGGAGCUCCAGGAAACCCUGGCCCUGAUGCCAACUCCUGGUCUUACCCUCCGCAAGCCAGCGAAGCCCUGACCAGCGCCCCUUACACCGUUGUCGUUCCAUCCCGCAGACAAAAUUCGAAUUCGACGUCCCAGCACCAAAUUAGCGCUGCGGCUAGUUUGUCAGCUCUGCAGCACAACAUCGAGGCCGAGUACUUUACGGAGGGUCGAGAGUGCGUCAAUUGUGGCGCAAUAUCGACACCCCUAUGGCGAAGGGACGGGACCGGACAUUAUCUGUGCAAUGCGUGCGGCCUCUACCACAAGAUGAACGGAAUGAAUCGGCCACUGGUGAAGCAACCACGGCGCCUGUCGGCAUCGAGGCGCAUUGGACAAACUUGCAGCAAUUGUCAAACGAGUAUAACUUCGUUGUGGCGGCGUAACGUCAGCGGGGAACCGGUAUGCAACGCUUGCGGUCUCUAUUUCAAAUUGCACGGAGUAAACAGACCACCUGGAAUGAAGAAAGAAGUCAUUCAAACACGCAAACGAAAACCCAAGGGUGGGAUGAAACAAUCUGAUACGCCGCUCUCCAACGUUUCCCAAUGUUCAAUCAACAACAAUAACAACAACAACAAUAACAACACUAAUAACAACAACUUGAAGCUCGAGCCAGACAAUUACACGAAUUUGAGAAUGGUCGGGCCUCAAUCGAUGUAUUCGAACGCUCUGUAUCUCGACAGCCCACCGGCUUCGAGUUGCAUAAUAUCGUACCGGCAAAAUCCAUCGAACGCUUAUUACGACUCGCUGGCAAAUCAGCAGCAUCAGCAGCAGCAGCAGCAGCAUCAGCAGCAUCAACAAUUAUUGGAGACUCAUUCGCCAAAGAUAGAGUGUGCCUCGCCGCCGGGUCGCCUCUCACGCUCGCCAGUUCUCGUUUCCGGAAGUCACUCGCCGGAUCAACACCAUCAGUUGGCAUCUCCCCACGUUGCAACACUGAGCAAUCUCUCGGUGUCUUCGACCAUGAAUAAGAUUCUUAUGGACAAUGCUCAUCUCGAAAGACCGACCGUCGUCUCGAUAUCGUCGUAAAUUAACGAGAAAAACGGAAUAUUUCGAAACGAAGGAAAAAUAAAAAAGACAGAUGAAAUGUUAAUCAAAAUGCUGGCUGAGGUUUUAGAACGAUCCGAUGCUGGACAAUAGUCACGUCUUCGUAAUCCCUCGAGCUUGACCUAAAAAACGAGAAAAAAAUCCAUGACGAGGUGUCUGGGAAAGUAUCGAAGUAAGUCCCCCCUCGCCCCCCCCCCCCCCCCCAUGAUUUAUUGAGGAUGUUACUAAUUUUCCAUUUUAAAUGAAGAUUUUCGCGUCAAUCUCCUGUCGAAAAAUCGAUUUUCUCUUCCCUUCGACAUAAUAAAAAAAAUGUAUUUCCAAUAGUGUAAAUAACCAAGCGAUUCUUACACAUUUUUCGUUAUCCAAAUGAUAAUGUUAUUCGAGACAAAAAUGAACGAGCGGAAAUGUCGGCCGCCGAAUGAGAAAUGUGAUUUUUAAACUGGGAAUUCUAUGUCUCAGCUAUUUUAACAUAAUUACGAUGAUUUUAAAAAGUUCUCUCGACCGCAUUCAGUUCCAAAAGUACCGCGAAGUAAUUCGCCUCCACGAGAUAUUCUCGUGAUCGAUAAACACUUUCUGUGUCGACGAAACAUUCGUGAAACCCCUCAUGAAUAAACAAUUAAUAUACAUAGCAUAUUUGUUUACAAUCAAAUAGACAUAAUGCAGUGUCAACAUGUACAAAAUAUUGUAUGUUUUUAAAACGUAAGCUGCGAGUUACGACUUCCGUUUACCAUUAUUGUAUCUAUCGCUGGGAUUUACUUCUUGUACAUAAACAUACUAUCAUAACGCUAGUAAUAAUAAAAGUUACGUUGAUUAGGAGAAUAGGAAUGGUAAAGUAUAAAUAUUGCGAGUGAAUAUACGGAUCGGGCGGCGUGGAGAGAUCGAUUGUUUUAUUUAUCGUCAAGGUUCAAUGGAAAACUCUUGUCGUAACUUUUUUAUAUUUUCUUUACUUUUAAUCGAUUAUCCAAAUCGACAUAAUAUCUUUUAAGAUACUUCGUUCUUUUAUAAUUGACCAAAGACAAUGACUCGCUGUCAAUUUCCAUCGAGCGAUGAGCACGAUGGUGAACUGUCAAUUUUUAAAUAGACAAAAAAAAAUAAGAAGAAAGACAAGACAGACAUUUUUUUUCCUGUAAAUAAAUCUCGCUAGAGAUCAUGAUUUUAGGUUACGAAUGUAGUUCGUGGUUAUUAUUGCCCUUUACACCAUUUCGUGAGGCUCGCAAAGCACGCUUUUUUCCUAAAAAAAAACAUAGACGACGAACUAUCACAAUUUUCAUAUAACAGAUACAAACGUUGCGAAAUACAUCAUUCCCAUGAUUUUUAAACGCGUCGACGAUGUUCCGACGCUUUUAUUUUUUUUCUCAACGAAAGCCCCACGACCAAAGCUUGCACCAACUAUGUUAACGUAUUUCUUUUAAUAUAUUUUCCGAGUAUUGUAUCCGAGUCAUCAAGUUGUUCUAAAAAUAAAAAGGGAUAUUUAA